AUGCACUUUGUCAAUCGCCUCUUCCGACCUGGCGAUCUCAUCCUCACAGAAACCGGUACUUCAUCACACGGUGGAAGACUUUUCAAACUUCCCCCGGGGUCACGUCUUUUCGGUGCCGUGACUUGGCUGUCAAUAGGCUACAUGCUACCUGCAACUCUUGGGGCUGCACUUGCUAGAAGAGAGCUGAGUCAAAAACCCGAAAGCUCUCGUGCCAUUCUGUUUAUUGGAGACGGCAGUCCCCAAAUGAGUGUGCAGGAAAUUAGCACCAUCAUCAAACAGAAAUUGAACGUCAUCAUCUUCAUCGUCAAUAAUGAUGGUUAUACAAUUGAACGUGCUAUCCAUGGACGAAAGCAGGCUUACAAUGACCUUGCAACCUGGAGACAUGAGCUUGCACUUGGAUUCUUUGGGGCGGAUGAGAAACAGUCUCAUUCUAGUGCGAGGACUUAUAGUGAGCUUGAGGAGGUGCUUAACGAUGAUAGAAUCAAGAAUGGGCGAGGGGUGAGAACUAUCGAGGUAUUCAUGGGUAGGGAGGAUGUGCAAGGGGCUCUCUUGAAUCUUAUGCAGAGCCAAGUUUCCAAAGAAUAA